UUGCAUGUAACCCAUCCGCGAGCAGCGACCGUGACCGACGGUAUAUAAACCAAGCCGGCUUGAGUCUGUUGCCCACGUUGCCACAAACGACCUUCAGUCAACACACCACGUCUACACUCCUGCGUUGCCCCCACGCACGCCCACAUCUAGUCAGCAAGUAUGCACCCGCCUGUUGGAACAGGAUACUCAGGAACUUACCAGUCUUCUGGAGGAUACGGAAGUACUGGAGGUUAUACAGGAUCUGGUAGUGGAUAUACAGGAACUGGUGGAGGAUACACGGGAUCUGGUGGAGGAUACACAGGAUCCGGUAGUGGUUACACAGGAUCAACCGGAGGAUAUACAGGAACAGGUGGAGGUUACACAGGAUCUGGCACUGGGUACCCAGGAUCAACCGGAGGAUAUACAGGAACCGGUGGCGGAUAUACUGGCACAGGCGGAGGAUUUAGCAGCACUGGAGGAUAUACCGGAACUAGCAGGGAAUUUACAGGAACAGGCACUGGCUCUGGAUAUACAGGCUCUGGAGGAUAUACAGGAUCUGGGGGAUAUACUGGGACUGGCGGAUUUACCGGACCAGGAAGCUAUACUGGAACUAGUGGGUUCACAGGAUCAGGCGGAUUCACAGGCUCUAGUGGAUAUACAGGCUCCGGUAGCUAUUCAGGACCUGGUUCAUAUACAGGCGGAGGAUUUUCUCACAGCACACACGCCAUGCAGCAGCAGCAGCACCAAAUGCCACCACCCGUUCCCCCCUUCUCCAGGCCUAGGCCAACAUACCCACCAAAACAUGAACAUGAAUAUGAGGAGGAACGAUAUUAUGGCCGUGGCCGAGAACGAUACCAUGCUCGGGAAGUGGCCAUGCGCGCUUGCUUCGACAUGAUGCGCAGAAGGUACAACGAAAUGCCUGCCGACCCCGCCCAGAACUUCCCAGCUCUCACUCACCAUCCCGGUGUUCCUGCCGACAUCCUUCGAGUCGAACACGUAGAUUUCCGUCCUCAGGAGAACGCCAAAGACCACAGGACCUUCCAGUACGAACUUGUGCAAGACCAUGACAGGCCAACACCAGUCUAUCGCAGAGGUCAAGCCUUCUACCUCUCCCUGAUGACCCGCGAGAGAGACUUCGACUGCACUCGCGACAACCUCUACCUGAACUUCUACUACGGCCCUAACCCCUCAGUGCCCAAGCGUACCCGUGUCGUCCUCCCCGUUACCAUCCAGAAAGAGUUCACCAAGGGACCACAGAAAUGGGAUGUUCGUAUCCACGCACAGGAUUCUCGCAACCUUACUCUCCAGAUUCAUAUCCCAGCCACUAGCCCCGUGGGUGUCUGGCGUUGUGUUGUUGAAACUGCAACCAGGAACUAUCCCAAAUCCAGGACCCAGUACCGCGCCCCUGAGGAUAUCUUCAUCAUCUUCAAUCCAUUCUGCCGAGACGACGCCGUGUACAUGGAGAACGACGCACAGCGAAGUGAGUACGUCAUGAACGACUCUGGCAAAGUGUACAUGGGAGGCUCAAAGCACACCCACGGCCGCCCAUGGGUCUACGGACAGUUCGACGACUGCGUCCUACCUGCUGCUUGCGUCCUCCUGGAGAUGUCGAGGUUGACACACGCCGAAAGAGGCAACCCAGUGAAGGUCUCCAAGGCUAUUUGCGCCAUGAUCAGGGCAUCUCGCAACCACCGACGGGACUACGAGGAUUCGGACGGAAUCAUCGAACCUUACUACGAGGAUGACCACCGGGGCGGGCAGAAUCCUCACCUGUGGACAGGCUCAGUCAAGAUCAUUGAGGAAUUCCUGUACCAGGGCGCCACACCUGUCAAAUAUGCCCAUUGCUGGGUCAUGGCUGCUCUUAUGACAACCUUCUGCCGUACCUUAGGUAUGCCCUCAAGACCAACUACGGCCAUCACAGCAGCCUUCGAAACCCAGGAUACCCUUACCAUCGACCGCUACAUCGAUCGCUUCGGAGACAUCAUCGAGCGUGGCCCAGGACGUGACCAACCAGACGCCGUUUGGUCAUUCCAUACCUGGUGUGAUGUAUGGAUGACCCGACCUGACCUCCCAUCCGGUUACUCAGGAUGGCAGACACUUGACCCUGCCAGAGCCUAUUACAGGGACAGAUACUCCAACGGCUGCGGUCCAUGCUCGGCUGAGGCCGUGAGAAAGGGAGAUGUUGGUUACUCUCACGAGACCGCAGCUCAGUUCUCCUGCCUCAACGCCUACGUCAGAUACUACUAUGAGGAUGACGACUCAGAAUGGGGAUACUCGCCGUUCAGGCAGUAUAGGUUCCCGAUCUGCCGCACCAUCCUGACAAAGGCCGUUGGUCGAUACGACGACGAAGGCGAAGGAGACAACGAGGAUGUGACCAAGAUCUACCGCGACAUGGAGAGAUCUGAGCCCGAGAGGUUCACGGUCUUCAAUGCAUGCAGGGGAAUGAGGAAAGACCACGUCUACUAUGAUUACCAGGAAUACCACCUGAAGCAACUCUUCCUCCUCUCGCAGGAGCAGGGAUCUUUCGACGUUGCCUUCGAGUUUGUCGAGCCCCACAAGGUUGCCGCUGGACAAACCAUGUCCGUCACCCUCAACGUUCACAACAACUCGACCGAAACCCGCACAAUCCAGGCCACCGUCUCCGCUAGGAGCAACUUCUACACUGGUGUCCAAGGAACACACCUGAAGAGGGUUACUGGUCAGUUCACUCUAGCCGGAGGGCAGAAGGACACCCUGACGCUGCGAUUAGAUCCCUCAGAGUACCAGGACCGCCUAGUCGACAUGGGCUUCAUCAAAUUAACAGCUACUGGCCACGUCACCGAGAGCAAACAGUCCUAUAUCGAUGAAUUUGACUUCCAGUUCGAUAAGCCAAGGAUGAGUAUCGAGGUAGCCGAAAGCCAGGUCGGCCAAGAAUGCACUGCCACCUUCUCCUUCAGCAAUCCUCUGGAUGUGUCCUUGACUGACUGCUUCUUCUGCAUGGAAAUCGGCGGCUCUUACAGACCACGAACAUUCCGCAUCAAUCGCGAAGUUCGGCCCAGGGAGACAUUCACCUACAGCCAGACAUUCGUGCCACGUCGCUCGGGUGACCGACGCCUGGUGGCAACAUUCACUUCUCGCCAAUUACAUGACGUCACCGGUUCCCGCAAGAUGACUAUCCGCGACUAAGCUUGUCGAAGGAAAUAGUAGGAAGCUGGAGAUGACAAUAAAAGUGAUUGAUAUAAUAUCAGUAGACACAGGCAGAGAAUCUAAAGGUGUCAUACGUUCAUAAAUCUUUCGGAAAGAUCGCAGACUUAACAUUAUACACAUUUUUAUUCUUUACUCGAGGUACUAUAACACGAACAAACAUGCAGGCAUCACACAUACGAUAAACAACAUUUUGAUGUCAUCCGGAGGGAUUUCGAUAUCAGUUGAGGUACACUGCAUCUGAGAGCAUCAUGAAAAUGCCAAGUCCGGCCGCCUCGUGUUUGUUCGUGAUAUGGUAAGUCGUCACCAACCGACACUCAUAAUACUCAAUUUUCUUCAAUAUUUACUCUGUAUGUGGGGACCACGCAGUUAUAAAAACAUUAUACAUACACAUGCUAACUUUCAUGGAAUACACGUACACUGGCAACGUGAGUCUACAAUUAAUUUAAUUCUAAACAAGAUAUGAAGAUAUGGCUUAAAUUGAGUAGAACUGGGGAAUGCAGCGCUUGUAGAAAAAACUACUAUGAUUUCCAAAAAAACAAAAAAUGUGUGACAUAAUUCGAAGUUAUUUACACUGUUUAGGGCAAUGAUGCAGAUAUAGAUAAAAACUGAAUUGUAAGCAAUUUUUGCUUAUACAGUAGGUAAGCUAUCUAUACACGUAAAGUUUAUUUGGACAUCUUGUUCCUUCUUAGUCGCGAUCAUUAGAUAAGUAAUCAUUUGGAAAUAGUAGUUGGCCUUUCUUACACUACACACACAAACAUAUACAUAGGGCUUCACAGUGGAGAGGUUAUAAAGUGCAGAGAGAGAGAGAGAGAGAGAGAGAGAGAGACGUUAUAUGAAAUGAUAAAAUGGAUUUAACUUACUUUAAUGAACCUACACAACACAGCCCCAGGGGGGACUUAAGCACACUUCAGAGAAUGGAAAAUGCCCUCAGCCCUAAUAAGCAACGCAAUGAAAUAAACACCUAUAUGAGUGAUCUAUCAGCAUUCAUUGAUACUCUACCAUAAAUGGGUAAACUGGCCUUUAUGGCAAAUGGUCGAUCACAAGAACGCAUGAUAAACACAGUUUAUGAAAUGUAAACUCACUUAUAACCUCCCACGAUGAUUACACACAAAACACCGAUACGUAACAAUAUCAAAGCCCAACCAAAUCGGAUUAAAACGUUGACGACCAAAUGCUUGUUUAUUGGACAUGGGCAGUCUCGGUUCGUUUUCUUUCAAGCAUAAGCCUUCUUCAUAGAAAAUGGUCACAUUACUUAGAUCGUGAACGUCGCUUUGAAGCCCCAAACUAUUAUAGGAAAAGGAAGUAGAUAACCAAAUAAAAAACAUAUAUUUUAAGAGAAUAAAGCUCGGGGAUAUGGCUAUGGGGAUGUCAUCGCUAACGUGCUACAUUGGAAGUAAAAAACGAAAGGAAUAAAUAGCUUAAGGGAAAAUAAAAACAGGUUAUUUGAGCCUGCUCACUAUGAAUGUUUUUUACAGAGUAACUUUUAUUAUUAUAGGUCUUGUUGUUAAUUUAAUAUCCGUACCUCCCCACGGAGCCCCCCAUAUCUCUGACCAGAAAUUAGAUUAUGCCUUUUUGACAAUCCUGGCCAUAUUGAUAUUAUUUCAUGUAAUGAUGUUCAUUUUGUGUUGCCUCUGUGGUUGUGGGUCGCUAGAGUUGUAGCUUUUAUAAUAGUGAAGCUGGAGAUAAAUAUUAUGGUGUCGAUGUUGAUCUUUCUCGUUGUUUAUUAAACCGUUAGCCUGCUUAAGUUUACCCUGGCCUUUUCCGCUCUUUGCCUCUUAGAGUGAAUUAUGUAAAUUAGGUGAAAAAUAGAAUCAAUGUAUCAAUAGGUAUGCAAUAAAUACCCUAAGCAAUGUGA